AUGUGUCAUUCUCACAAUGAUUACUGGAGGCCGUACCCCCUUUACUCGGCCCUCGCAGCAGGCUGUACCGGCGUGGAAGCGGACAUCUGGCUGAGCGACGAUGGUUCCGAGUUGCUUGUUGGCCAUGACAGACAUGAACUGUCCUCCAAGAAAACUUUGCGGUCCAUGUACCUUGAUCCUUUAAUGAAGAUUCUCGAUACCAUGAAUCCUCCAGAGCAGUGGUCGAACUUCAGCCGAACAGAUCGGCCGCAGGGUGCUUUCCGAAGUCAACCGAACAUCACGAUAGUCUUGCUGCUGGACGUCAAGAGUGAUCCGUAUAAGACGUGGCCAGUGGUAAUGGAGCAGCUUGGAUCCCUGCGGGAAAAGCUCUUCCUGACACGCUACGAGGUAAUACAUACCGAGCCGGGCUUCAGACUCAGGCAAGAUAUAUGGCCGGGUCCUGUCACCGUCGUGGGUACGGGCAAUCUUAUGGAAGACCGCAUGAUAAACCACUGGCCAUCGAAUGAGCUCUAUCAUCAGUAUCACGACACAUUCCUCGACGCGCCGUUGGACCAACUUCCCAAGGAUAAUUGGCGCCAGUAUAAUGAGUAUGGCUACUUUACCUCUCAGCUGUGGCAUGAGGAAGACACCUAUUACACAUCCGUAUCAUUUCAACAAAGUAUCGGAUCAGUCCGCACCGGCUUCAGUACUGAGCAACUUGCAAAGCUACGGAAGCAGAUCAGUACUGCAAAGUGGUCGGGCCUCAAAUCUCGGUAUUGGGACCUGCCAAGCUGGCCAAUCUCUUACCGCGAUUACGUCUGGGAAGUGUUGACAAGAGAGGGAGUCGACAUGUUGAACGUCGAUGAUUUACAGAGCGCAGCGAGAAGAGGUUGGACAAAGGGCUACGUGCAAAGCGUGAUAUGGGUGGCCUUGACUUCGUCUGCAAUCUUUCUCACUGGUAUUACGAUGACAUGGUUUGGAUUCCGGGCUAUCAAAAAGAAUAUGAAGGGUCUUCAAUGUCAGGGGAUCGUGUUGGCAUGA